GAUUAGCGGUAAACAUGACUCGCUCACGCUACGGCAUUUUUGUGUUCCUCGCAAGUUUUUCUAUCCUUGUGUCAAAUCUAAAAGCGGAAGGUGAGAACACUUCGCCUCAAGAAAACUUGGUAAAAAGACAUGCUGAGCCAGGGACAGAAGAAGACGAGCUUUUUGAUGAUAUUUCAGCGGAAGACUCUAAAGAAAAAGUUACUAGAGUGAAAAGAUCUCACUUCUGGUCUUGGACGAGCCGGAGGAGGUCCACAAACAACCGGUAUUUCAAAACAAGGCCUCAUUGCGAGCACGAAGAUCAUGAACACUUUAGAACCCGUUGUUGCUCAGGAAAAUUCAUGGACAACAUUUUAUUACAGACAUGUUGUGCUGGACGCAUCGUAUAUAAAAAUAUGGUGCCAUCUUUCUGUCACACGCAUUAUGGGUGUGGUCAUUUCUGGUUUGAUAGCAGCCGCCAAAAGUGCUGCUAUGGUUCUAAAGGCGUAGACUGUCAAGAUGUCCUACCAACGUGUGGUUUGACGCCAUUCAACCAGACGGUUCAGGCGUGCUGUAAAGGCCGAUAUUUGUAUGUGAUAAAAAACCAGAAAUGCUGUUACGGCCGUGUGAUCUCCAGAGGGAGGACCUGUCGACUUUACAAUAGAUAAAGCACCAGUGAGCGAGUAUCCUAGAAUCAGAACAAAAAUUACCUCAACGAGAAAUAUCAUCAUGGAUCUAGGGACAAAUCAUAACUCAACACAGCUAAUAAGUAGACCAGACCCGGAGUUUGAAAACGCGAGUGAACAAAUUGAGAUUGAUUUUUGUAUUUCUUUUGAUGUUUUAUUAAUUUUAGAGUCUCAGAGAGGGUGGUGCGAGCUUUCUAGGGACGGAUCCUAUAGUUCAGUAGCAAAACUAAUGUAUUUCCGUGUAACU